GGCAGCAGGCACUAGGACCUCUGGGACGCUGCAUCUGCAGCCCUUACCAGAAGAGAAAUCAGGAAAUAACACAGUACCUCUUUCUGGGAGCAUGCCCUUCGAAAUAAAGCUUUGCAGCUACAUAUGAAAGAGAAUUUACUCUCCGGGAAUUAACGAAUCUGAGUCCAGGCUUAGCUGUGAGCUGCCCUGAGACAUCAUUGCCUGCAAGGCCCUCCAUGGACGUUGCUGGGAGGUGGCAGCAGGAAACAACAGGGAGUCCCUGAUGCACUGAUGGCCGACCAUGUCCGGGAAGCAUUGGCCCUCUGGGACACAGUGCGUCACCAAGCAUGACCACACCAAACCCAAGCCCCAGGAGCUGGCCUUCCGCAAGGGUGACGUGGUCACCAUCAUCGAGGCCGCAGAGGGCAAAGGCUGGUACCAUGCCAGGCACAACGAGACAGGGCAGGAGGGUCUGCUGUCAGCCAGCAUGCUGUGGGAGCGCAGCACCAUCCGUGUCCACCCCAAGCUCACUCUCCCCAGCUGGUUCCACGGGAAGAUCUUGGGGGUGGAGGCAGUGCAGGACCUGCAGCCUGCUGAGGACGGGCUGUUCCUGGUACACGAGUCUAUCCGGCACCCCGGCGACUAUGUGCUCUGUGUGAGCUUCGGCAAGGAAGUGAUCCACUACCAUGUGGUGCACAAGGAGAACACGCUCAGCAUUGACAGCCACCUGUACUUCUCCAACCUCAUCGACAUGAUCGAGCACUACAUGAAGGAGCAGGGAGCCAUCUGCACCAAGCUGGUGAAGCCCAAACCGAAAACCGGGGUGAAGUCAGCCAAGGAGGAGUUGGCCAAAGGUAGGGGAUGGUGGGGGAGGGUUGUGGUCCAGGUUUUGGGGACAAGGCAGCAUGGCCCCCUGUGUCCCCUCACAGAUGUCCUGCAGGGUGAGUAUAUGGGGCAGAAAGUGGCUGUGAAGAACAUCAAGUGUGACGUGACCGCCCAGGCCUUCCUUGCUGAAACAGCUGCCAUGACGAAGGUCCGGCACAAAAACCUAGUGUGUUUGCUCAGAGUGAUACUGCACAACGGCCUCUACAUUGUCAUGGAGUUCAUGAGCAAGGGCAACCUGGUGAACUUGCGCACAUGGGGCUGGGCACUUGUUCCGACAGAGCAGCUCCUCCUGUUCGCUCUGGAUGUGGCCCAGGGCAUGGACUACCUGGAGUCCAAGAAGCUGGUGCACAGGGACCUGGCUGCCCGCAAUAUCCUAAUCUCCAAGGAGAAUGUGGCCAAAGUGAGCGAUUUCGGCUUGGCCUGGGUCAAUCCCAAGAGUGCAGAUGCCACUUUGCUGGCCAUGAAGUGGACGGCCCCGGAGGCCCUGAAACACAACAAAUUCUCCUCCAAGUUGGAUGUGUGGAGUUACGGGAUCCUCCUGUGGGAAACCUUCUCCUUCAGGUGAGCGCCCUACCCCAAGCUGAGCCUGAAGGAGGUGACAGAGCUGCUGGAGCAGGGGUACUGCAUGGAGCCCCCCGAGGGCUGCCCGCCCGCCGUCUAUGCCCUGAUGAAAGGCUGCUGGGAGCUGGAGCCAAGCAAGCAGCCAUCCUUCAAGAAACUCAUGGAGAAGCUGCAGAAGGAGCUGAAGCACCUGAGGGACAUUUAACUCCUAUCCCACUCCUGGGACCCAUGGCCAGAAGCUCCCCUGGACCCGCUGGGCUUGGGAACAGCACAGAGAGGGGCAGUCGGGUAGUGGGGUGGCCCGCAGCACUGCUCUCUCUGGUGGAGAUGGGGCAGCAGCUGGGGGGGUCCUCUCCUCCCCCAGGGUGCCUGAAGAGGAGGCAACAGCCUCCCUCCAUCCCAGGACAGGUCCUUCUUCCCACCACCCAGCUCAGAGAAAGCUCCCAUGGGAUUGAUCUCUCUCGACCUGCUGGGGUGGGGAGAGUAGCCCCCAAGGGGGGCUAUACCCCACCCUGGAUGACAGGUGCCCCACAUGCAGUCCCUUCAAGCUGCCCCUCACAGUGACAAGGGACAGGAUGGGACAUCUUCACUCACUGGAAGAUGAAACCCCGCACAGGGAGGCUGGGCACAGCCAGCUAAACCACCCAGAUUUGGGCUUUUUGAUUAAAUCAAAUAAAUUAGUUCAA